UUGUAUAUUUAAUAAAAGUUAUUUUUUCUGUAAGCUAUAUUACUUUUUAUUUUUUACUGCUGUCUCUUAUUCUGUGUAUCUUUUUUUUAUUCCUGACUCAAAAGUUGCUUUUAGUGAUGAUUUGUGCAUAAAAGCUUCUCUAAUUAGGUCUAGGGGAAGAGAAUCGUAGGAACUUGACAUUCUUGUUCAUCCUUUUGACUGAUUUGUUACCUGAUGUUUCAAAGAUUUAGCUGAAAGGUUAUCUAUAUAAAAUUAUGUUGCACUAAGUAUAAUGAUGCCUUAAGUUAUGUCUAAAGCUAGGCAAUGCUUUCUUCGAGAGAUUCUGUUAUUUGAAGAUAAGCCAGAUGUAAAAUAAAUUAUAUUUUCUGUAGCUUAUUCUGUAAUAUAAAAAUUGUGAUGAAUAUGUUGUGCUUUUAAUAAAUGUAAUAAAAUUGGAAAUUGCAAGUUAUAAAACUUUAGAAGUAAUUUAUUUUCUAAUGCUGUUUUCUUCUUGAAGCCUCAUAUUUGAGCAAGAGAAACUAUUUUUCAUUAUCGUCUAGUUUUGGACAGAAAAUUUAAGUGUAUCCGAUUGAUAAAUAAAGUGUGUAAAUCAGUUUUUUAAAAGGUCUUAAAUAAAUAUUAUGUGUGAAUCUUGUGUAACACAUGAAUGAUAAAUAUUACAUUUCUUUGUUAAUGUCUUUUUUAAAUACCAGGAUAAAGAUCAACGGAGUAUGGAUAUAGAUACUGCAAAAGCUAUGCUUCAGUUACUUCUUGGAAGGAUAUGGCCAUUAUAUGGCUCAUUUCAUCAGUUCCUAGAGCAAUCAAAGUACAAGGUCAUAAAUAAAGAUCAGUGGUGUAAUGUUUUAGAAUUCAGUCGAACCAUUAAACAAGAUCUGAAGAAUUAUGAUGAAGAUGGUGCUUGGCCUGUUCUACUUGAUGAAUUUGUUGAUUGGUUAAAGGCAAAGCAAAAUAAUGGAAGCCAAAAGCCAAGUCAUUCUACUUUUUAACUGAUUCUUCUAGUUCUGUGGUGCCAAAUAAUAGGCAUGUUUGAGGAUUAAAAAAAAAAAAAAAAUGGAACAUUUUUCUAGGAAAAAAGGCAUAUUCUUCAGUCUUUACACCAGAAGAACUUGUGAUAUUCUGUAUUAUUAUGAAUGAGCUGCAAAGUUCUACCUAGAAACAAGUAUCCAGUCGGCCAGGCCUUCCCCCUUCCCAAGUUUGUUAUUUGUAUAUGUGUUCAGUUGUUUCUCCACUAUCACUUAAGUUGUGUAUGCCAAAUUUUAAACUCAGGAACCAACAUACUGCUUUAUCUCUCUUGUAUAUUGGAAAGUAUGGGCAUGUUCCAUUAUUGAAUAUUAUUGUAUCAGUUGCACAUGUCUUGGACAAAUUAGAAUGGAUUUUAUUUCUUGUAAAUUUUGUUAUAAAAGUGAUUUGCAUAACUUUGUUGGUUUUCUAAUUUUAUUAGAUGUAUGCAUUUUUUCACUAUUAUUGAUUUAUUUUGUUUGCGGAAUGUUUAGUUUAAAUCACUGCUGUUUAAUUUGGAAACCUAAUUAAUUAUCAGGAUUUUUAUUAUUAAAUACUACUAUUUUUUAUUUUUAGUGUUACUUAAAUAUUUUCUUUUUUGGGUGGGUCAUUAAAUAAAUUUGAACUGCAAAAAUCUGGUUUUUAAUUUAAUCAAUGAUUUUUUCCCUUAAUUUUUAGAACAUGCAUCAUUUACAAUCAAUUAAAAAAUGUAAGUGUUCUUUUUUGUUCAGUAUAAUUACAUUUUUAUUUUAUAAGUGCUUUUUAAGUUGCAAGAUUAAAGCAAAAGUAAUUAAACUGAAGUUAUCGUUAAUAUUGUGUAAUAAUAAUUUUUAUUUUGGGGGGUAAUUUUCAUAAAGCUUAUAAAUAGUUUCAUACAUUUUUUAAGUUGUUAUAAAAGUUCUAAUUCCAUAUAUCACUAGAUGGGUAGUUUAUUGUGUCUAAUAUAAAAUAUGGAUAUGGCUAUAAAAGUACGUAUUAAAAUUUAUUUUUAAUAAGGAAAUUCCAAAAAAUUAAUCCCUUCUUCUAGGCAUACCUCAUCCAGAAUAAGAUAUAUUUGAUAAUUUAAUUUUUUUUAAUAUGACAAUUCAUGAAAGAGACAAUUUUACAUUCUAGACAUGAAAUUUUUUAACUCGUGAGAUUCUUCAGAUACAAAUUGUUAAAACGCUUUACAUUAUAACUGUAUGAUAUAGAUCCAUCCUUUCAACUUUUAAUUCAGAACAUAAUAUGCGAGUUGGACGCUUUUGGGGGGGGUAAAGUACUAAACUUUACACAUUUUAAGUGUCAUGAAUUUUGAUGUUAUUUUUCCUUUGUGUAAUAAAUAUCAACUUUCAGUUACUCUUCAUUUAUUUAAACUGAAUUAAAAAAUGGUACUAUAAAUAUAGCAAAUAAUCAUUAUUGAAAAAAUCCAUGUUUUGGAGGAGAAAAAUGUUAAUUUAAGAGGAAUUUUGAAGUUGUUGUAGUAUUUUAUGUUUUUCAUAUGGAUGAAGUUUUUUCAGAAAAAAUUCUUGUAUGAUAAAUUUGUGUGCUUUAAAAUUUUAGUUUUAGAAUAGUUAGAAUUAUGUUUUAGUAACUGUGUGAGAUUUUUCCCUUUCAUUUGAAUGUGUUCUGUGAUGUCUACAAAAAAGGCAUUUUGCACUAAUAAAAUUUUUAUGUUUAUUUAUUAAUUGCAUAAAUAAAGAAAAGAAUAGCCUUAAUGAGGUAUGCCCGAUCAGAGCAUUGUAAUUUUAUUUCUCUACAAAAAUUAGCAAUAAACCUAUGAUAAUUUGUCCAUGGCUGUACUAUCCCAUUCCAAGUGUCUUACAGUGCUUCAGUUGGUUUCAUAAAAUUGCUGCUGAUUGACUUAUCGUCUACAGCACAAGUCCAGUGUGCCUACUGUGUGUAUAUAUAUAUAUAUGCUAGAAGUUCUCUCAAAAAAGUAGUACAAUAAAAAUAUUUGCUGUUUAA